CGCGUCUGUUACACAUAGACAAAGUUAUGCCAGCGAGUCGAGAUGCCGUUGCAUCGGCAUGCGUAGAGAUACACGAAUUCUGCUUACGGUCUGCAAUGAAUUUCCCACCGUUCGGAGGUCACUUCCCCAGCACCAUACCGAGUAUCCAUCAAUUUGCAACCGAUAGUUCCAGUGGUGCAGGCGCGCGUUACGCCAAUCAUUUUCCCAACCAGCCUCCAAUCGGAGUGCCGGUUGUGGGAAAAUACCGUCCCGAGAACAACGGCGUACAGUCGGCUCAGUCGCAAGUUAUGAUGAACAAUAAAGCUAGCUAUCCCAACAGUUAAGCCAAAUCCGUUCAGCAACGACCAACCAACUCGCCUGGAAUGCAAGAGAAACGAUCGUAUCAUCAGCAAUCUACGGAAACUAUAAACCAACAAGAUGUUUGCAACCUUCUUCAAGACAAGGACAAGAACAAGGAAAAGAAGGCUGAGGAGCAACAGCGGAAUGGAGAGACUACGACGAAUGGCACUCAACAACAGGAUUAUACGAUGCACCAACAUCACCAACAGCACGCUCAUACUCAAACGCCAGCUACUAUGCCCGCAACGUGGCAGUCGCUCGCGACUCCCGGUUCCACUGUAGCUGAUUAUCUCAGCCAUUUACCAGCUAGCACUUUGCCAUUGAGUUUACAUCAUUUUCUCAAGUAUUCUGCCGAAAGUAUCAAAAAAGAGUCGGAAAUGGCGCAGACAACCUCCGUGGCUGUGGCGACUACGACAACGCCCAAUAUAAUGAUGUCACCGAAUAAUAAAAAGAAGAAAAAGAAGAAGACGCCGAAGGAGAAGAAGCCACGUCCGAAACCUGGCGAAAUUCGUUUAACGACAGCGUUAGACGGUUCGACAUUGUAUUGUUGUCCAGAAUGCCACAUGGCGUAUCCAGAACGAGAAUUGUUGGAGCAGCACCUUUUAGGUCACACUUUAGAGAGAAGAUUUGUUUGUGACAUAUGUGGCGCUGGCUUGAAACGAAAAGACCAUCUUACGCGUCAUAAACAGAGCCAUAACCCUGAGCGACCUUACGUUUGCACCGUUUGCUUGAAAGCUUUUAAAAGAAAGGAACAAUUAACGCUACAUUUUGUAAUACAUUCUGGGGAGAAGCGACACGUGUGCACUGAGUGUGGCAAAGGAUUUUAUCGGAAGGAUCAUUUACGGAAACAUACCAGAAGUCACAUUGCGAGAAGAGUGAAGGCUGAAUUGAGUCAAAACGCUGGUACGCAACAGAAUCAACAACAAAAUAACGUUUCGAAUAUGCAAACCACAACUGUCUCAGCGUCAUCCGUUCUUCCGGGUGGACAUCCGGGUUCUCUCCUGUCCUGAGCCCCGCCACCAGGGAACUUUCAGGUUCCCCAUCCAAAUAAUAUUCUUCAUACUCAUACAUCGCAUCAUUCGCUACAUCAUCAUCAUCUAACGGCAGUAAAUGUAGCACAUCAAUCAACCGUCACACCACUCGCUACAUCUGGUCAUUAUCAGUCACAUGAGCUUAACUUUUUGGGGCACGUUAAAGAUUUCUGAGACGAGGAGAGAACCUCGAUGAAGAGGUAACACCAAGAUGCUAAUCAAUUGUCACUAUCAUCGCUAACGACGAUAAUAAUUAGCUCCGAGACUGACUCAUGAUUUCAAUUGAAUGAAUGAAUUUUAUAAAUGUGUUACGUUAUUUACGUUAUUUGUGCUUCUAACUUCCUCCUCGUUUUGUCUUGUCAAUAUAAUAGGGAAGGGGAGGAAAGUGAUGUCUCAUUCCUUCUUCAAAUCUUAAUUUAUUUUUUACUAGACAACUUGUUACGUUUGUCAUGUAAUUUUCAUUGCCAGUAAUGUUCCCACUA